CCUCUCAUCCUCCCCAUUACGCCUCUUGCUCAGGAAGGGUCCAGGAAGGGUCCAGCGAGCUAUAAAAAUCUGCUGAGGGGAACCCUUAGUUACUUGUAGUCCCAUCACCUCAGGAAAGGAUCAAACAUGAAACUCUACACAGCAGCCAUUCUGACCAUCGCUUUUUUCGAGCUCUUCAGUGUAUAUAUUAUUACAGGAACGCUUGGAUCUCAGACUAUGGCACUCGACUCCUGUAUAACCUUGGAGACAAAUGAAAUGAACAUCCGAAGAUUUGCUAGUUAUACAACCCAAACCAGACCAGUAAAAGCUGUGAUCUUAAUCACCAGAAGAGGUGUCAAGGUCUGUGUGCCACAUGAUCUUCCAUGGGUGACAAAAACCAUGAACUACUUGGACCAAAAAAAGGCAAUACAACAAAGAAGAACAACAUCUAGGAAGAUGACCAGCUAAGCUGCCGCACAUCAAAUCAUCAAUAGCUGCUCAUAACUUUGGCUAAUUCCUGACUGGAAAUAAAGUUACUGAACUGAUGUAGUUUCACUGGAAUCUAUUCAUUCAUCAAAGCAAUGCUGAUGCAAUUACAGCAUUUUAAUGCUGCCUUUAGUCUUAAUUAUUUUAGGAUAACCUUUUUUAUUUAUUGAAAGAAGGCAGCUCUUUCAAUAUUUUCAAUUGAAGCUGUUUUCAGUGUUUGGGGAGUACUUAUUCAGAGUUUCCCUUUUCAUCAUAUUGUUUCUCUGGUUUAUAGUGUCCUUCGAAGACAAUAUUAAUGUAGAGUGUUCUAUGAUUGCAUACAACUUAUUGUUCCCCUGUUAGGAUGGAUGAGGGCUUCCUGUGCUUAAGAUAUCACUGAUUAUACAAACGUAAACCCCAGGGGAUGCUGGGGGUUGGGGGGAGAGGAGCCCUAGAAACCAAUCUGGCACUUACAAAAUGAUGAGGACCCCAUGGAUAUUCAGAAUGUCCUUUUAUCUCAUGAACCUUCAUGUGAAUAGCCAGAUUUCUAGGUAAAGCUCAUCACUCUUCCACAGUGCCAGUUAGCAAAAGAGUUUUUGCACUAGCUAGGUCACUAAGAUACUUAUGG